CGAACGUAGUGAUUAUAUGCUCUUUGAUUUGAACUUGUGCUGAGAGCCUACCGCGAACCACGUUCGACGUGUUGCCUUCCUGUCACACUUACUAUUUAAGAUGUUAAGUAUACAAAUCCUGAUAUUUUGUGUAACUGCAACAUUAUCCUACAAUGACGAGACAUGUUCCAAAUACAACUCUUGUUCGGAAAACCACAAUAAAUAUUCGAAAGACACUAAUAAAUGGACUGCAAAUAUUUUGAAUGAAAUUCAAGCUGCUAUUGCAGUCUAUGUGCCCUGCGAAUGGCAAAACUGUAGCUGCUACAAAUCCGUGGUUGACCAAGACUUAGGACCAUUUAAAGAUGGAAUUACGAAGGAAAUGUUUUCGCUCGCUCAGUCUAAGGCCACCAAAUAUCAGAUAAUUGAAGGUAAACUAUAUCGGCAAAAAGAUUGCCACUUCCCAGCCAGAUGUUCAGGUGUGGAACAUUACUUGAUCGCUCUGGCACCAAAGUUGCCAAAUAUGGAGCUAGCCAUAAAUACUCGGGAUUGGCCUCAAAUCAACCAUGUUUGGGGUCAUCUGAAGGCACCUGUAUUUUCAUUUAGCAAGACUAAAGAUUACUAUGACAUAAUGUACCCAGCAUGGAGUUUUUGGGAGGGUGGUCCAGCAAUAGCAUUAUAUCCUAAUGGAAUUGGACGGUGGGACAAACACAGAUUAUCCAUCUCUGCUGCUGCUGAAAGGUGGCCUUGGAGUAUGAAGGAACAGAAAGGUUUUUUCAGAGGUUCUAGGACAAGUGAAGAGCGAGAUGCACUUGUUCGCCUGUCUAGGGAAAUGCCUAAUUUAGUUGAUGCCCAGUAUACAAAGAAUCAGGCAUGGAAAUCCAAAGCGGACACGCUGGACGCGGAACCAGCUACGGAAGUUUCCUUUGAAGACCAUUGCAAGUACAAGUAUUUAUUUAACUAUAGAGGCGUCGCAGCGAGUUUCCGUUUCAAACACCUGUUUCUCUGCAAGUCAUUAGUAUUUCACGUCGGGAAUGAAUGGCAGGAGUUCUAUUAUCCAUCUUUAAAACCUUGGGUGCACUAUGUACCAUUAAGCCCAAAAGCUACACAGUCAGAAAUCGCCAAAUACAUACAAUUUUUCCAAGAAAAUGAUUCGUUGGCGCAAGAGAUAGCAGAAAAAGGAUAUCAAUUUAUUUGGGAAAACUUGACAGCUAAGGAUGUGAAAUGCUACUGGAGACACUUGCUGAAAAAAUACGUCAAAUUACUGAAGUACGACAUUGUGAGAGAUGAAGAUCUCAUCAAAAUAUCAUAAGUAUGGAUAAAGAACUGUUUAAACACGAAGAAGCCUGCGCCUAGUGAUGAGGCUAAGGGCUCCUCUACACGAUGGCCCAGCGUAGGUCAGUCUAAGGGACGCAGCUAUGCGGUGAAAUGAGAUAGCAAUAUCAUUUGCUCCCUCUAAAGCAUAAAUUCGUCCCUUGGACUGGCCUACGCUCGGCCAUCGUGUAGAGGAGCCAUAAUAUAGGCUGGUGAAAAAUUAAAGAACAAGUUAUUGGUGUA